GAUCUCGGAGUAGUGAGAGUACUUAGACUAAGAGUCAAGUAAAUCUAACGAGUUACAAUGAACUUACAUAGAUGAUAGAUCUAGAUACUAGCUAGCCAAUAUGAGUGAAUGUAGACUAGUGGAGAUUCAGAUUGACUGAUAAUCUGACUUACUCUGACUGAGUAACUAGACUAGAAAAUCUAAGUCAACUAGAUUAGAUAUCAUAUUACUGGAGACAGCUGGAGAGGCUAUAAGUUCAAAAAUGUUUUCAUUCAUCAUGACAGUGUUGUUGUUAUUAUUAUUCAAUGAUCAAUUUUUUGUCAACUGCUGGAGCAAUUCAUUUUUUAGUGAGCAACUUUUUACAAAUACUAGUGAUGCUAAUUCACUGUUACUUAUUUCUUUUGAUGGCUUCAGGUGGGAUUAUAUUCAAAGCAGAAGAGCAAAGACACCAAACUUUGAUCGCAUUAUAAGUGAAGGUGUUACUGUUCAACGGGGACUAAAGAAUGCUUUUGUUACGAAAACUUUCCCAAAUCAUUACACACUUGUCACUGGAAUGUGGGAAGAAAGCCAUGGAAUAGUGGGCAAUCAGAUGUAUGACCCUCAUUUAAAUCAGGUUUUCACUCCUGAAAAUAUUUCAGCUAAUAGCGAUCCAGCUUGGUUCGAUGUCGGCGCAGAGCCCAUAUGGGUCACCAAUCACUUGCAGAAGAAAGGAAAGAGUGGUGUUUGCAUGUGGGUCGGAGGUGGCGCACCUGUCAAGAAAGUCCACCCAGAUAUUUUUAUUCCUUAUAAUGAAAGUUUCGACGAUUAUAAUAAGAUUGAUACAGUGGUUAAAUGGUUUUCUGAUGACAAUCCUAUUAACCUUGGACUUAUAUAUUUUGACCAACCUGAUGCAUAUGGUCAUAAGUUCGGCCCAGAUUCAUCAAAUGUUACAGAGAUGAUAGAACAUCUUGAUGCUGUUGUUGGUUACUUGUUAGAGCAGCUAAACAAAACCAGCCUACUCCAAAAGAUGAACAUUAUUCUGACGAGUGAUCAUGGGUUCACAAACACACCAGCAAACAAAGUAAUACAUCUUGACAAAUAUGUGAACUCCUCAUUGUAUAAUGUGUCUGCAUUUUCUCCAGUUGCUCUUAUUUGGCCACUUAAAGGUCAUUUUGAUACAGUAUAUAAUGGCUUGAAGGAAGGUGAAGCUAUCGAUGGUAACUUCUCAGUCUAUAAGAAAGAAGAUAUCCCAGAAUACUUCCAUUACAAGAACAAUGUCAGGAUUAGUCCAAUUAUUGCUGUUGCUGAUGACACAUAUUCUUUUGGAACCAAAGAGUAUCCUUAUCCAGAACACGAACUUGGUAAUCAUGGCUAUAAUAACAGUCUACAAGAUAUGCAUCCAUUUUUUAUCGCCAUGGGUCCUUCCUUCAAGAAAAACUUCUCAGUGGAGACAUUCAACAGUGUGGAUAUCUACCCACUUUUGUGCCAUUUGCUUCAUCUGACCCCAGCACCAAAUAAUGGAAGCUUAGACAUAGUGUCUCAACUUCUGAUAGAAGAACCUACAAAAAUAGCAGUGAUAACUCUGGUUACAUAUAUUCUCUGCAUUUCUCUGAUUUUAAUAGUGGCAGGCGUUUUCUCUGCGGCAACAAUUUAUUAUUGGAACAGGUCAAAGUACUCACUUUACACCUCGCUGACAUCCAGUGAGAGUCCAUUACAUCUUGAAUCAUGACGGCAGUUAACCAAGAGUGUCAGCAGUUAACAUAGAGUGUCAGCAGAUGAUUAGAAGAAAAAUCUGUUUAAAAAACAAACAAAUGCAAAGAUUUCUUAUAUUAUGAAAGUUUUUUUUAAAGUAAUUUCGUGUUUUUUUUUAAAUAUGUAUUUUUUUUUGUAAUCCCGAUUUUAACCAUCUCUUAUAUCUAGGAAGAAUUAUGAUUCUGUAUUUACUGUUACACCCAACAAUAUAUUCUGGGUUUUUUUAAUGGCCAGGUAGUGUUCAAAUUUUUUUUUUUUUUUUCUUCUUAUAUGUUGCAAAGCAUUGAAUAUUCAGAAUUAGUUUUAAUUUUAACCUGGAAAAUAAUAAUUGUUCCGUGGGGACUGUCCAUGUGGUUUCUAUCUGUGUUUCUAUCCAUGUGGCUUCUAUCCAUAUUUGAAUCCUGCUCCCGUUUAAACAUUUGGACACUAUGACGUCAUAAAUAACACGCAGGCUAGAGCUGAUGUACUUUCAUGAAAGUUCAAUAUUUAAAACCUGGCCCCAUACCUUGCCAUUGUCUGACAUGAGUCAGGGUCAGUUAAAAUGGAUGCCUGCCUGGAUGUGUGGUAUAAUUGUCGACAAGAUGGUCCUAAGAUCAAACCCUGCUCUCUGCGAUCCUCUUUCUGUUCUGCUGGAGGCUUAGCCUAGUAAGUAAUCAUCGUCAUUUCUAAAAGUACGUCAGAAACUUGUAAAACGAAAGAACACCACCAGAAAAAAAAAAAUUAUUUCCUGGCUAUAUAAUAAUUAUGGGUUCAAAAGUCUCAAUGUGUCUUGUACAAUGUAUAUUUUUAUAGUUACAAUCUCCUACUGGCCUUAUCAAUCUUCAAUGAAAUCAUUGCUGUUAGUGUGUGAGGGCUAAUUGUUCGGUUCAUUGACUGGCAGUGCCUUAUUGCAAUAUAAUUUUUUUCUAAUGUUCUGUUUGUGAAUAAAUGGUGAUAUAAUAAAUGAUAUGCGUUGGAUACUAAUAGACUGGUGUAGGUUUUGAUAUCAGAAGUCUAGCCAGUCUUUAUAUAAGUAUUCUAAUGUUUGUGUUUGUAACUCUUGUAUGUGCACAAAUCUACAAAACAAUUGAAUUGUAAUUACCAUGCUAUUUCUACUUCAAUUAGUAAGUGCUACAUGCAAUUGUAACAUUGUUCUUUAAGUGUGUCCUUGACAUUGUCUUUAUUUUGAGAUCUCUCGCUAUCUUCCACUUUUCAUUUUCCUACGUUUUUAUUUCUUUUGCAUCCAUUAUAUCACCACCACAUUUCUAUAUAUCAGUUUUCUUUUUUUUUUUUUUUUUUUAUUGCUAAAAAAAACAACCAAAUCAAAGUGUAAACCAAUGAACCGAUAGCUGUGAUUAACACCAAGGGUGAUUACCUCCAAUUAAGUAUGAAAAUGUUUGUAUGUUAUAGUAAUGUUUGCACCUGUUUUAAAAAAAAAUAGGUUCACAAAUUUCAAUUUUAAAGAUGAAGCAAGUCACCAAAAAAAUAACUAAAAGUUGAAGUUUAAUUACAGUUGAAGGUUUUUAUACUAUGUAUUGAUCGAACAAUAAGUGAUUUUAUUUUUUAAACAGAAAGUGAUUUCAGGAUGUAGGAAGAAUGGCUUGACCUGUAAACCACUUUCUAAUGUGUAUCCUCAACAAUAAUAUGAUACUCCUUCUUCCCUAGUGCUAUUAGAGCAUGGAAUGGGUUGCCUGAGCUAGCCAGGAAACCAGUGACUUGUCAGAAUUUAAGUCAUUGGUUAAUAUGCAUGACUGAAUGCAUGACGCGUAGAACGUAAUCAUCUUCUUUUUUGAAGUAAUGUCUGUAUUAUAUAAGAUAAGAAGAUAAGAUAAGAUGUAACAACAAUAAUGCAGUGUGAUGAUGAGAGGGGGAGGGGGCUGAGCUGCAUAAGCUGCUUUCCUAACUUGAGAGGGGGGGGUGGGACUGAAAUUUGGUUCUCCUUAUUAACCAGGAAUUUUAGUUGGACAUCUGACCUUGAACUAAAUUGUGUCUGUUGAGGGCACAGCACAGAAACCAGAUCCCCCCCCCCCCUCCUCCCCCUCGCCAUCACCCCAAUAUGUCCCUAAAAGAGACUGGACUAGAGAAAACCGCUAUAAAAGCAGAGACAACAAAAAUGGCCAUUAAUAUAUAAUAUUGUCUUGUAAAUACAAUUUUCUUCUUGCCUAUGUUCUUGCCACAGUGGAAGGAGCAGAAUUAGUAGUCUCUAUUUUUUUGUGUGUUAGAUGUGGCUGUGUAUUCACAAAAGUCCUGGAGCUAAAACUCCUUUGUGUCCUCAAUGACAAGGGAUGUAAUUCUUGUUCAGAUGUUCUCUGCUGUUGUCAGUACUUGAGAUUAAGGCUUUUUUUAGCGGCCCCCGAAAGGGGAAAAGACGCUAUUAGUUUUGUGCGAAAUGUCUGUCCGUCUGUCCGUCCGUCCCGUUUAGAUCUCGUAAACUAGAAAAGAUAUUGAAAAUCCGACAUCACAAUAUUUUAGACCAUUCAAAGUUCUGAUGCAACUGCUACUUUUUUUUUUCUGAAAGUGAAAAAUCUAAUUUUUAAAAUCAGUUAUGCAAGCAGUUUUUUAAAGAGAAAAAGCUAAUUAGUAUGCAUUAUAAGUUAGACCUAAUUUAAAAUGAAUAGUAAUCUUAUAAACUUCAUUUUUAUGAACAUUUUUUUUACUGCGGAAUUUUUUUUUUUUUUUUUUUUUUAGGAUUCGAAUAAGAGAUUGAGCCUUUUCAAAACAAUUGGAUCAAUUAUAAGACAUCAGUUAGGCCAAGGGAGGCGCGGUGGCUGAGCGGUAAAGCGCUUGGCAUCCGAACUGGGGGUCCGGGUUCAAAUCCUAUUGAAGACUGGGAUUUUUAACUUUGGAAUCUUUGGGCGCCUCUGAGUCCACUCAGCUCUAAUGGGUACCUGACAUUAGUUGGGGAAAAGUAUAGGCGGUUGGUCGUUGUGCUGGCUACAUGACACCCUCGCUAAUCGUAGGCCACAAAAACAGAUGAACUUUACAUCAUCUGUCCUAUAGACCACAAUGUCUAAAAGGGGAACUAGUUAGGCCAGGUUCACAUCUAACUUUACAUUCACUUUCACCUAUCCUUUGAUCUGCGGGACCGUUGGGGCACUACACAAGAUCUGUUAACCUUCUUUCUCCAUUCUUAUCUCUCAUUUGUCUUUGAUAUAAUUUCAUUUGCAUGUUCUUUCUGAAAAUAUUGCAGCCUGCCUGGAUGGACCUUUUCGGGGGCCGAUUUUGAGUUUGUGUUUCCACACAAACUGUCUUUUGUAACCUUGUUGUUUUUUUUUGUUUUGUUUUGGCAGGUCUAAUAAUGAUGAUUUAUAUUAACAUAAACAUAUGAAAGUCUUUCUGAAACAUUUUGUAACAUUUGUGUUUGUGUCUGGCAGAGAAUGUUUAUUGUGUUUUUUUUUUUAUCUUUUUGUAAAGUUUUUUUUUUUUUAUUUAAUGUGGAUUAAUGUUAUAAUUGCCAUGUUUUUUUAUGACUUAUAGUGGGGUUUUUUUUUGGUUUUUUUUUUUUGGUUUAUGUAUUUUGUUUUAAAGCUGUAGUUAAAUGAAUGUGAAAUGAUUUCUAAAAAUGGAACUUGUGUGCAAUGCAUUGAAGUGAUAAUGUCUAAGGAUCUGACUUUGACAAAGGUGAAGAGCAGAAGUUCAAUCCUUUUUGGAGUCAUUCUUUAUUAAUAAGAUACUUUAUGUAAUGGAGAUUUUCUUUUUUGAAAAGAUCAAUUUUGUAGAAAUAACAAACGUUAAGUUCUUGGGUCCCCUCUAGUUAAAAAAAAAAUUUUUAUGAAUAUCCAUACAGAACAUUAAUACUCUGAAAGACACAAAGAUAAAGGCACAUACCUCGUCCCAUAUGCUAGGACAAAUUUGUACAAAUACUCCUUCUUCCCUAGUGCUAUUAGAGCCUGAGCUAGCCAGGAAAACCAGUGACUUGGCAGAAUUUAAGUCAUUGGUUAAUAUGCAAGACUAAAUGCAUGACGCAUAGGACGUAAUCAUCUUCUUUUUUGAAGUAACGUCUGUAUUAUAUAAGAUAAGAUAAGAUUAAGUGCCUGGUUGUGCAGUAUCUGCUCUGGACUGUCAUCUCGAUGGUAGUGGGCUCAAACCCUUCACGCCGCCAUCUAUUCAUGUCCUGCAGGAUGUUUGGGCUAGCACAUAAUUCCAAAUUUGGUACAUCUGAAACAUGUCAAUUAGACAUUUGUUUUCAUAAUACAUUUUGUUCAAUGAUAUUAAAAAGCUGAAAUUGUA